AUGGAGUUUCCAAAGGAGACUUUUGUUCUUGAAUCCAACACGGGAUUUGAAUAUGACCCAUGGCUCCUCGAUGAUCAUCCCCUACGAUCAUAUCCGACAGAGUGCAUUCCAGGCUUGUCGCCUUAUCUCGAUGAAUACUAUGAAUCUAUCGGAAAGCGAAGGGCGAUUCUCUUCCGCGCUGCAUGCCUUAUCCUCGGAUGCUUAGCCGCAUUCCAAUGUCUCCGAUUGCUCCCAACCAAUAUCAAACGGAUACUUCCGCUUCAUGCAUCCAUACAACACACCCAGAUUCACUCCCAGAAUAGUGCGUGCACGUUCCCUACACUAGACACCCGACCGGAUGCCCUCAAGUCCUCUCUCAACGAGGGAUGCGAUGGACUCCGAACGGCCGUGUGGAUGCACCACGGCGAGCUGCAGAUUGGAAACGCCGUUACAGAAACCGAGCCCGAGGGCUUCCUGCAGCGACUCGGUCUCGGCCUUCUUCUAGCGAAAAUUGAAGCUAAGAACGAUGCCACCGUCUGGGCAUCUCUUAACCCCGAAACACCAGGCAGCUUUCGCGCUGACUUGGUGCAAACUUUUCUUUUGAUGCUUGAUGCCAAGACGCCACUUCAUGAACUGUACCCGCAUCUCGUGGAACAACUUGACACUCUCCGGCAGAGGGGGUAUCUGUCUCAUUGGGAUGGACAAAAUGUUGUUCAGCGCCCUGUGACUAUCGUAGUUACUGGGGAGGCAUUCCCUAAGAGUGACUGUGUCAAUCAUUCUUAUUCUGAUGUCUUCUGGUCUGUUCUACCGGAAGGACGCUUAACGACGAGUGAGCUUAUACAGGAUAACCUUCGAGAUCUAUCGCCGGUGUGUAUAGUAUGA